CACGUGGGCUCUUCCAGGGUAGCAGCUCUGGCCGCUGGUUGUGUGCCGCUGUCUCUCGCUCUCUUCCUCCCCUCCUCCCCUUUCCGCCCCAUCUCUCUUUCUAUUCGAAGCCCUGGCAAAACGAGCGCUUCAAGUUUGGAGGCUCCGCAGCUCAGAAGAGUGCUAGAGCCAGGCUCUGCCGUGCGCCGGGAUCUCAACGGGGAAUACAGCGCGACCAGCCCAGAUGGAUGUAAUUGUAGGCGUUUGGGUUUGCCUGGCAGCUGCGAGAACAGUUGUAGGCUUUGGAAUGGACCCCAACUUACAAAUUGAUAUCAUCACAGAACUGGAUCUAGUCAACAUGACUAUUGGAGUUACACAAGUGUCUGGACUACAUAAUGCCAGUAAAGCAUUUUUAUUUCAAGCUGUAGACAGAGAAAUCCAUGCAGCACCCCAUUCUAGUGAGAAGUUAAUUCAGCUCUUCCGGAAUAAAAGUGAGUUCACAUUUCUGGCCACCCUACAGCAGCAGGUGUCGACUUCAGGAGUCAUUCUGUCCAUCCGAGAGUUGGAGCACAGUUACUUUGAACUGGAAAGCAGUGGCCUGAGAGAUGAAAUAAGAUAUCACUACAGAUUUAAUGGAAAGUCAAGAACAGAAGUAUUUCCGUAUCGGCUGGCAGAUGGACAGUGGCAUAAGAUUGCGUUAUCACUUAGUGCAUCCCACCUCCUGCUUCAUGUCGACUGCAAUAGGAUUUAUGAACGUGUUAUAGACCCUCCGGAAACAAAUUUGACUCCAGGAAGCAAUCUGUGGCUUGGACAACGUAACAGGAAACAUGGCUUCUUUAAGGGUAUCAUUCAAGAUGUGAAAGUCAUCUUCAUGCCUAAUGGAUAUAUAACACAAUGCCCUAAUCUGAAUCGCACCUGUCCAACCUGCAGUGACUUCUUAAGCCUGGUUCAAGGAAUUAUGGAUUUGCAAGAACUUCUGGCUAAAAUGACAGCAAAACUAAAUUAUGCAGAAAUGAGGCUUAGUCAGUUGGAAAACUGUCACUGUGAGAAGACUUGUCAAGUAAAUGGAGUGAUCUAUCGAGACAAAGACUCAUGGGUAGAAGAUGAUCACUGCAGGAAUUGUACUUGCAAAAGUGGAGUAGUGGAGUGCCGGCGAAUGGCCUGCCCACCAUUGAACUGUUCGCCAGAUCGCCUUCCGGUCCAUUUAGCAGGCCAGUGCUGCAAAUUGUGCAAGUCCAAAUGCAUCUAUGGAGGAAAAGUGUUGGCUGAAGGUCAGAGGAUUUUAACCAAGAACUGCAAAGAAUGUCGUAAUGGAAUUUUAGUAAAAGUAACAGAGACCUGUCCUCCAUUGAACUGCUCAGAAAAAGAUUACAUCCUCCCAGAGAACCAGUGUUGCAGUGUUUGCAAAGGUCAUAAUUUUUGUGCACAAGGACACAGAUGUGGUGAAAACUCAGAGUGCAGAAACUGGAACACGCGAGCUACUUGUGAAUGCAAAAGUGGUUAUGUCUCUGUCCAAGGGGAUUCUGCCUAUUGUGAAGAUAUUGAUGAGUGUGCUGCUAAGAUGCAUUAUUGUCAUGCCAACACAGUUUGUGUUAACCUGCCUGGAUCAUAUCGCUGUGAUUGUGUCCCAGGAUAUAUCCGCGUUGAUGAUUUCUCAUGUACAGAACGUGAUGAAUGUGACAGCGGACAGCACAACUGUGAUGAGAAUGCAAUCUGUACUAACACAGUCAGGGGACAUAGCUGCACCUGCAAGCCUGGAUAUGUGGGGAAUGGGACCAUCUGCCAAGCAUUCUGUGAAGAAGGGUGCAGAUAUGGUGGGACAUGUGUAGCCCCUAAUAAGUGUGCCUGCCCUUCUGGAUUCACGGGAAAUCAUUGUGAGAAAGAUAUUGAUGAGUGUGCAGAGGGCAUCAUUGAAUGUCACAACCAUUCACGCUGUGUUAACCUCCCAGGGUGGUACCACUGUGAGUGCAGAAGCGGUUUCCAUGACAAUGGAACCUAUUCACUUUCCGGGGAGUCCUGUGUUGAUAUUGACGAAUGUGCCUUGAGGACUCACACUUGCUGGAAUGACUCUGCCUGUGUGAACCUGGCAGGAGGAUUUGAUUGCCUCUGUCCAUCUGGACCAUCCUGCACUGGUGACUGCACACAUGAAGGAGGCUUGAAACGGAAUGGCCAGGUAUGGACACUGAAGAAAGACAGGUGUUCUGUUUGCUCUUGUAAGGAUGGCAAAAUAUUUUGUCGACGAACUACGUGUGAUUGUCAGAAUCCCAGCGUUGAUUUUUUCUGCUGCCCAGAAUGUGAUACCAGAGUCACCAGUCAAUGCUUAGAUCAGAAUGGGCACAAGCUGUACCGAAGUGGAGACAAUUGGACAUACAGCUGUCAACAGUGCCGUUGUCUGGAAGGUGAAGUAGAUUGUUGGCCGCUUGCAUGCCCCACUCUCACCUGUGACUUCACAGCAAUAUCAGAAGGCGAAUGUUGCCCUCGUUGUGUCAGUGAUCCUUGUUUGGCUGAUAACAUAACCUACGAUAUCAGAAAAACUUGUCAAGAUGGCUAUGGAAUAGCACGACUCAGUGGCUCCGUAUGGACAAUGCUCGGGUCUCCUUGUACAACUUGCAAAUGCAAGAAUGGAAAUGUGUGUUGCUCUGUGGAUUUAGAAUGUCUUCACAAUAACUGAAGUAUAAAGCUGGGACUAUUCCUAUCGCGAGGCAAACGGAUGCAACUUCCCACUUGCAAAAUGAAUGCAGUUGUAAGAGAUGGGAGUUUUAUACAAUAGACAAUUACCAAAGUCUCCGCCUAAGGAAGAUAUUUGGGAGUUGCCUUUGGGACCUACCACUACAUGCUCAACCUUGCUAGGCUUCUCUCGGGUGACUUUUACAGUACAAUACAUAUAAAUCAAUGGUUGUUAAAAAGUUUUGAGUGUUGUAAAUUACACCCUUUUCCUGUCAAAUCAUUUGCAAAUGCAUUGAAAUUAUUUCAUCGGUAAAAUACAAUGUAUUGAUUUGUUUACUUUGUGUACAAAACCAACAUUAUGGAAACUCCCAUUUUAUUUUAGGUUAGAUCAAGGUCCUACAAAGUAAGGCUGCCUGCUGUGGUUUCGUCCCAUACUAUUGCCUAUUUAGUUCUGAGGUCCCUGUCUGAUGUAUUUAUGAAAAUAUGUAUGUAUGUACAGUCAAAUUGCAUAGUACUUAUAUUUCAUAGCUGUCAAACAUUGUAAAACAUUCCAAGGUACAUUUGACUUGUACAUGCUGGAAGUAAUCAAACCUCAGCCUAUCUUUAUGAAAGAAACACACAAAUAUAUAAAAAGGGAUAAUGUCACAAGUUUAAUGAAGUGGCAAAAAGCAUAUUUUUUUGCAGACAAAAGAGCUAACAGCAAAAUUCCUGUGUGGAGGGGGAAAGAAAGGAUGACACAGUUUUCAUCAGUAGUGUUCCAGAACGUACCCAGAAAACCAUGGCAUUUAUCAACAUUAGGCUUAGCAGAAUGUUGUAGUUUACAAGUCAAACAACAAAUAUUGGAUGUGGGUGUAAUUCAGUUAGGGUUGUGCAGCAUUCAAUAAAGCAAUCAAAGGGCUUUACACUUCUAGAUUUUAAGUGAAUGGGUGAGAUUUUGAUAUCUGUUAAAUUGGUAUAUGUUUAUAAUCUCUCCCCCAUGUAGUUGCUUUAGCAUAAUAAAGUCUGCCAUCCUCCAUUAUGUAUGCCAUAACGAACAAGUUCAUCUCUAUUUGUACUGUGUUACAGCUUACAAGGAACAGUGUAAAUGUCACUGCAUUUAACUAUAAUUUCAGCAUACAUCCACCUUGGCAGUAUGCUAGCCUUGGAAGAAAGGUGGACCACUACACGUUCCAGUUUUCAUUAAAUGUAAUAUAGUCACCAAACAACCUUGUCCUCAUUCCCCACAUCUUCUGACAUUCAAAAAAAGAUCUAAUUUAUUAAGUUAGCCAUCUGUAAAAACGCUGUUUAAAAUCCUAAACUUAAGCAGAAUUGUAAUUAAAACUUUGAAAUGUGCACAAAGGUUAAGUUUGAAUGAUAGGUAGCUGCUUUGAUUUUGCAAGGCUAAGAUGUCGAUAGCACUAAAGCAAAAUCUGUCUCAGCUUAAAACUUCAAUAGAUUCAGUCCUAUCCAACUGGUUCCCAUGCAUAGAUUGCCUCCCACAGCAUAGCAGGUACACCAGACUGCUGAGUGGGAAUUGGGGAGGUAAAACCCCCCACUUCCAGAUAGGCUAGUUGCAUACAAUGUUGACCUUGAUCUUUGAAUCUUUGAGUGCGACAACAGGAUAGGUUUGUUUGCUUGUUUAUUGAUCUACCAAAAACAAAAACCAACCUUGUUUGCUUUUCACUAUACUUGCUAAGCAGAGGGGGGAGGGACAUACAAACGCUCCUGCACUCCUAGAACUUAGAACCGAGGUGCUUAUUGUUCUCAUUCUGCUUUUGCUGUGCAGGGUACUCUUUAUUUUUAUUGCUUAUAUCUAACUGCUUGGCCAGAACGAGAGUCUGGUGGCAAGCUUAGCAAGUACACAUGACAUUUGUGGAACAACUGUUUUAAUCAAGAACUGUAAAACUGAUUUUGAAAAGAAUAGUGGACAUUGCUCUGCAUUAUAUUGUGCACAGAGCACAAUAUAAUUAUACAUUAUAAUUAUAAUUACAGAACAGUAUGGAAGGUCUGCAGUCAUGUGAACUUUCUGAAGCCUAUUAUAGGAAUGGAUUUUUUAAAAAAAUGAAUAUGACAACACAUUCAUGCUAUAUCACAGUAUACUUUUUAGCAUCCAACAUAAAAAUAAAGCCUUCAGGCCAGUUUUUUUGGUACACAGGUGGGUCAGUGGUUAAUGGUACAGGCCCUGCUUUUGUUUUCCUCUAAUGUCCAAGAAUUCCUUCAUGCCCCCUGAAGACAACAAAGAAGGCCCUAUUUGUAUGGGACUCCAUGCCAGCUCAGAGUUUCUCUUUUCUUUCUAUCAAUUGCCCCCUUUU